UGGCACACAAAACAAAAGUGGGCUGGGCUUGUGGCAUAGUGACUGCAAUCCGAGACGACACUGUUUUUUCUGCUCCUCUGCAUGUGCCCCUGAGAGGAGAGGGGAGAGAGUUUGGAAAGCUGGAGUAACUCGCGAGGGGGAAAACCAGCAAAGUUUUGGGGGCGUUUCAGAGACGGUCCAGCGCGGUUUUGCUUUUACGCACCGCGAAAACACAACGGGACCAUGGCCGAGGUGGACGAGACUCCGCGGGCUGUCGAGCCGGUGUGGUGCGGGCUCGUGUACCGCCGGACCAACUACAUCCACGAAAUGAGCUGCGGCGAAGUGGGAGCUCAUCUCUACGGCCGAAUGUGCUGCGCAGAUGAGCGGGACAGAGUUCAGAAAAAGACAUUCACAAAAUGGGUCAACAAACACCUGAUAAAGUCCCAGAGACACAUCACAGACCUGUACGAAGACCUCCGAGAUGGGCACAACCUCAUCUCGCUGCUGGAGGUGCUCUCUGGAGAGACACUGCCCAGAGAGAAAGGCCGAAUGCGUUUCCAUAAACUUCAAAAUGUACAGAUCGCCCUGGACUUUCUCAAGCACAGACAGGUGAAACUUGUGAACAUCAGGAAUGACGAUAUCGCUGAUGGAAACCCAAAGCUGACCCUGGGACUAAUAUGGACCAUCAUCCUCCAUUUCCAGAUCUCAGACAUCCAGGUGAACGGUCAGUCGGACGACAUGACGGCCAAAGAGCGUCUGCUGCUGUGGUCCCAGAGGAUGGUGGAGGGGUACCAGGGCCUCCGCUGCGAAAACUUCACCUCGGGUUGGAGGGACGGAAAACUCUUCAAUGCCAUCAUCCACAGGCACAGACCAAACUUGAUCGACAUGGGGAAAGUGUACAGACAAACAAACCAGGAGAAUCUGGAGCAGGCCUUCACCAUUGCAGAGAGAGAGCUGGGAGUCACACGGCUGCUCGAUCCCGAAGACGUGGAUGUGCCCCAUCCCGAUGAGAAGUCAAUCAUCACUUAUGUCUCGUCUCUUUAUGACGCAAUGCCCCGAGUCCCAGACGCCCAGGACGGAGUACGGGCCAACGUGAGCACCAGUUUAUCUGAGCUGGAGCUGCGCUGGCAGGAGUACUACGAGCUGGUGACAAUGCUGCAGCAGUGGAUGAGGCACCAUAUCCUGGUGUUUGAGGAGAAGAAGUUCCCCACCAGCUACGAGGAGAUUGAGGUUUUGUGGCGUCAGUUCCUCAAGUUUAAAGAGACCGAGCUCCCAGCGAAAGAAUCAGACAAAAACCGCUCUAAGCACAUCUUCAAGUCAUUUGAAGGGGCAGUGCAGUCGGGACAGGUGAAAGUGCCUCCCAGUUAUCACCCAUUUGACGUGGAGAAGGAGUGGGGUCGCCUCCAUGUGGCCAUCCUGGAAAGAGAGCGCCUGCUCCGGAUUGAGUUUGAACGAUUGGAGAGACUUCAGAGGGUUGUUAGCAAGGUCCAGAUGGAGUCAGGAGUCUGCGAGGAGCAACUGAACCAGGUGGAGGCACUGCUACAACAGGAUGUGAGAUCUAUGGGCGCGGGGAAGCCUCCUCAGCAUUCUGGAGAAGUGGAGGCAGAUUUGGAAAAGGCAGAGGGAAUGAUCCGCCUCCUGUUCAAUGAUGUGCAGCUGCUUAAAGACGGGCGCCACCUGCAGGCCGAGCAGAUGUAUCGCAGGGUCUACCGUCUCCAUGAGCGUUUGGUGAACCUCCGCAGCGAGUACAACCUGCGCCUCAAGUCCGGAAUCACUGUGACCCAAAUCCCAAUGACCCAAAUCCCCUUAACCCAGGUCCAGAUGGGGCAGGUCCAGACAUCUUCAGGGACCAGGGUGCGUCCUGAGCUGGAUGAGGUCACAAUGAGGUAUAUCCAGGAUCUGUUAGGAUGGGUGGAGGAGAACCAGAAGCGCGUGGACGAGGGCGAGUGGGGGUCUGACCUGCCCACUGUGGAGUCUCAGCUGGGCAAUCACCGCGGCCUGCAUCAGUCCAUAGAAGAGUUCAGGUCCAAGAUUGAAAGGGCCAAGGCGGAUGAGAGUCAGAUCUCCCCUGUGAGUAAAGCUGCCUAUCGUGACUAUCUGACCAAACUGGAGCAGCAGUACGGAAAACUUCUGAGUGCUUCAAAGUCACGCCUGCGUUACCUGACGGAGCUCCACGCCUUCGUCUCCGCGGCAACCAAAGAGCUGAUGUGGCUGAACGAGAAAGAGGAGGAAGAGGUCAACUAUGACUGGAGCGAACGCAACACCAACAUGACAGCCAAGAAGGAAAACUACUCUGGUCUGAUGAGAGACUUGGAGCUCAGGGAGAAGAAGGUGAAUGGGGUCCAAGCGUCAGGAGAUAAACUGCUCAGAGAUGGACAUCCAGCCAAAAAAACCAUAGAGGCCUUCACUGCGGCACUUCAGACUCAGUGGAGCUGGAUCCUUCAGUUGUGCUGUUGCAUCGAGACUCACCUCAAAGAAAACACAGCCUACUUCCAGUUUUUCUCAGAUGUGAAGGACGCCGAGGAGAGGAUGAAGAAGAUGCAGGAGAUGAUGAAGAAGAAAUACACCUGUGAACGCUCUGUGACAGUGACCAGAUUGGAGGAUCUGCUCCAGGAUGCUGCUGAUGAGAAGGAGCAGUUGUCUGAGUUUAAGACUCACAUCGAGGGGCUGAAGCGCAGAGCAAAAACUGUAGUCCAACUCAAACCUCGAAAUCCGGCCACCCCCAUCAAGGGCAAACAGCCGAUACAGGCCGUGUGCGACUUCAAACAGAUGGAGAUCACUGUGCACAGAGGAGAUGAGUGCGCUCUGUUGAAUAACUCACAGCCAUAUCAGUGGAGGGUCCUGAAUGACAAAGGCAGCGAAUCAGUCGUCCCCUCCAUCUGCUUCCUAGUUCCACCGACCAAUAAGGACGCAGUCAACUCUGUCGCCGGUUUGGAUGGUAACCUCCAGCGGCUGCAGUCCCAGUGGCAGACUCUGUUCGUGGACAUGAAGAGCCUCCUGUCCUGGCAGUACCUCAUGAGAGACAUCCACAUCAUCAAGACCUGGAACAUCUCCAUGUUUAAGACCCUGCGUGUGGAGGAGUACCGUUUGGCCCUCAGAAACCUGGAGCAGCACUACCAGGACUUCCUUCAGGACAGCCAGGACUCACACAUGUUCGGAGCCGAGGACCGGAUGCAGGUUGAGGCCAACUACAACAAGGCCAACCAGCACUACAACAUUCUGGUCACCUCUGCAGAGCAAGGGGUUGAGCCUCCAAAAGCAGGCGAGCAGGAUGAGUCUGUGUGUAAGACUUACCUGUCUAAGCUACAGGACCUGAGGUUUCGGUUGGAGGGCUGUGAGAAUCGGACCGUGACCCGACUGAGGCAACCUGUUGAGAAGGAGCCACUCAGAGCCUGUGCACAGAAGACCGCAGAGCAGAUGAAAGUGCAGUCAGAGUUGGAGGGUCUGAAGAAGGAUCUGGAUUCGAUCGCUGAUAAAACAGAGGAGAUGUUGUCAUCUCCUCAGACUCUUAGCUCUGGUCCAGUCCUUAGAUCUGAACUGGACCUGACCCUCAAAAAGAUGGACCAUGUCUACGGAUUAUCCUCAGUCUAUCUGGACAAGUUAAAGACCAUCGACGUUGUGAUCAGAAACACCAAAGAUGCAGAGGACACACUCAAAUCCUAUGAGACUCGACUUCGUGAAGUUGGAAAAGUUCCGGCCAAUAAAAAAGAGGUGGAUGAGCAUCGCAGUCAGCUCAAGAAAAUGCGAUCUGAAGCUGAAGCUGACCAGGUGGUGUUUGAGCGGCUACAGGAUGAGUUAAAGAAAGCUUCGGCCAUCAAUGACAAAAUGAAUCGAAUUCACAGCGAACGCGACGCAGAGUUGGAGCACUACAGGAGCCUGGUGGAAGCUCUGUUGGACCGGUGGCAGUGUGUGUUUGGUCAGAUCGAUUUGAGAUUAAGAGAACUGGACCUUUUGGGGAGACACAUGAAUUCGUAUGGACAGAGCUACGAGGCCCUGAUGCUGUGGUUAAAAGAGGCACGACAGACACAAGACAAGAUCCAGGCUGUGCCAAUAGGGGGCAGUAAAAGCCUCAAGGAGCAGCUGGCUCAGGAGCAGAAAUUGCUUGAAGAGAUUGAGAAAAACAACGACCAGAUUGAAGACUGUCAGAAAAAUGCCAAGGCUUACAUUGAUUCAGUCAAGGAUUAUGAGCUGCUGUUGUUGACUUACAAAGCAAUGGAGGACCCCACUGUGUCUCCUCUGAAGAAACCCAAAAUGGAGGGUGCCUCUGACAACAUCAUUCAAGAGUAUGUAAAUCUGCGAACCCGCUACAGUGAGUUGAUGACUCUCACCAGUCAGUACAUCAAGUUUAUCAUAGAGACACAGCGCCGCUUGGAGGAAGAGGAGAAAGCAUCAGAAAAGCUGAAGGAGGAGGAGAGGAGGAAGAUGGCUGAGAUGCAGGCUGAAUUAGACAAACAGAAAAAAAUUGCAGAGGCUCAGGCAAAAUCUGUGGCAGCAGCAGAACAAGAAGCACAGCAAUUAAAAUCUCAAAUGAAAACUGAGGCUAGUAAGAGACAAGACGUCGCUGUGGACUCCGAAAAGCAAAAACAAAACAUUCAACAAGAGCUACAGCAGCUGAAGACUUUGUCCGACCAGGAAAUCAAGUCUAAAAACCAGCAACUUGAAGAGGCUCAGCUAACACGCAAAAAGAUAGAAGAAGAGAUUCAUAUUAUAAGGAUUCAGCUAGAGACGACUAUAAAACAAAAGACAGUAGCAGAGGGUGAGUUGGACAAACUUAGGGACAAGGCGGCAGAUGCGGAGAAAAUGAGAAAAGCUGCACAAGAUGAAGCUGAGAGAUUGCGCAAACAGGUGAAUGAAGAAACGCUAAAGAAAAAACAAGCCGAAGAUGAACUUAAAAGGAAAUCUGAGGCCGAAAAGGAGGCAGCCAAACAAAAACAAAAAGCGCUAGAUGACUUGAAAAAAUAUAAAAUGCAAGCAGAAGAAGCUGAGAGGAGAAUGAAGCAAGCGGAGGAGGAAAAAGUUCGUCAGAUUAAAGUUGUGGAAGAGGUUGCACAGAAAUCAGCUAUAACACAACUACAGACAGCAAAUUUUAAUGAAAAAACAUCUAAACUGGAGGAGUCGCUCAAAAAGGAACAAGGCGCAGUGCUUCAACUCCAAGAAGAAGCAGACAGAUUAAGAAAACAGCAAGAGGAAGCGGACAGGGCCAGAGAAGAAGCAGAGAAAGAGCUGGAGUUGUGGCGUCAGAAAGCUAACGAAGCAUUGAGGAUGAGACUGAAAGCGGAGGAGGAGGCGCAGCAGAAAAGCCAAGCACAACAAGAGGCCGAAAGACAAAAGGCAGAGGCAGAAAGGGAUGCUAAGAAAAAGGCCAAAGCUGAAGAGGCUGCUCUCAAACAGAAAGAAAAUGCCGAGAAGGAGCUAGAGAAACAACGUGUUUUUGCUGAACAAAUCGCACAACAGAAAUUAUCUGCCGAACAGGAGUGCAUAAGAUUGAAAGCAGAUUUUGAGCAUGCAAAUCAGCAAAGAGGUCUGUUGGAUAGCGAACUGCAGAGGUUGAAAAAUGAAGUUUGCGAAACAGAGAAGCAAAGGAAACAACUUGAGCAGGAGUUGGCGAAGGUGAGAGGCGAAAUGGAUGCAUUGUUACAAAUGAAAGCGAAAGCUGAAAAAGAAACAAUGUCAACUUCAGAGAAAAGUAAACAGCUACUGGAGACCGAAGCACUUAAAAUGAAGCAACUCGCAGAAGAGGCAGCUAGGCUGAGAUCUGUGGCAGAGGAAGCAAAAAAGCAAAGACAUGUUGCGGAGGAGGAAGCAGCGAGACAGAGAGCCGAAGCUGAAAAAAUACUUAAGGAAAAAUUAGCGGCAAUUAAUGAAGCAACCAGACUUAAGACAGAGGCAGAGGUGGCGCUUAAAGCCAAAGAAGCUGAGAAUGAGAGGUUGAAGAGACAAGCAGAAGACGAAGCCUAUCAAAGGAAGUUACUGGAAGACCAAGCAGCGCAGCAUAAACAAGAUAUCCAAGAAAAGAUCACACAUUUGAAGAGUUCCUCCAAUUCUGAACUGGAGAGACAGAAGACUAUUGUUGAGGAAACGCUUAGACAAAAGAAAGUAGUGGAAGAAGAAAUUCACAUUAUUAAGAUCAGCUUUGAAAAGGCGGCAAAAGAGAAAGCCGAUUUGGAAAAGGAGUUGAAGAAGUUGAAAGAUGUCGCGGAUCAAACGCAAAAGAGUAAAGAUAAGGCGGAAGCUGAGGCAGAAAAAAUGAAAAAAUUUGCUGCAGAAGAGGAGAAGAAACGUAAAGAAGCAGAGGAGAAGGUGAAGAGGAUUAAGGCAGCAGAGGAGGAGGCAGCCAGGCAAUGUAAAAACGCCAAAGAUGAGGUGGAAAGACUCAAGAAGAAAGCAGAAGAAGCUAACAAACAACGAGAAAACGCAGAGAAAGAGGCAGAAAAGCAAGCUGCAUUAGCAAAAGAUGCUGCCCAGAAAUCCACUGCUGCUGAACUCCAAGCACAAAGCGUCCUCACCAAAAAUAAGGAAGACAGUUUGGUGCAAGAGAAGCUACAAAAAGACUAUGAAAGCGCUAAGAAAUUAGCUAACAAUGCUGAGAAAGCUAAGGAGAAGGCUGAGAAGGAGGCCAUGUUGUUAAGGCAAAAAGCAGAGGAAGCAGAGAAGCAAAAGAAAUUGGCAGAGGAGGAAGCUGCGAAACAGGCAAAAGCUCAAAAAGAUGCAGAGAAGUUACGGAAAGAAGCACAAGAGGAAGCAGCAAAACGCGCCAAAGCUGAGGCCGAUGCGUUGAAGCUUAAACAACAAGCUGAUGCAGAAAUGGCAAAACAUAAAAGUGAAGCAGAACAAGCACUCAAGCAGAAAUCUGUCGUGGAAAAGGAACUGAUUAUUGUGAAAUUACAACUAGAAGAAACAGACAAGCAAAAAGGAGUGCUGGAUGACGAGCUAAAGAGACUCAAGAAGGAGGUGGAUGAUGCCGUUAAACAAAAGGCACAGGUUACAGAUGAAUUGGCUAAAGUUAAGAAACAAAUGGAUGAACUUUUGAAGAUAAAACUUAAAUUUGAGGAGGAGAACAGGCGACUGAUGCAAAAGGAUAAAGAUAGUACACAGAAGUUAUUAGCUGAAGAAGCGGAAAAGAUGAAAGGUUUAGCAGAGGAGGCAGCUAGGCUAAGCGUGGAAGCUGAGGAGGCCGCUAAGCAAAGACAGCUAGCCGAAGCAGACCUUGCUGAACAAAGAGCUUUAGCUGAGAAGAUGCUAAAGGAGAAAAUGCAAGCUAUCCAGGAAGCAACCAAAUUAAAAGCAGAGGCAGAAGAGUUGCAGAAAUUGAAAAACCAAGCACAAGAAAAGGCAAAGAAAUUGUUGGAGGAUAAAGAGCAAAUUCAGCAAAAAUUAAACAAGGAAACAGAAGGAUUUCAGAAGUCACUAGAAGCUGAACGUAAAAGACAACAGGAAAUGACAGCAGAGGCGGAUAAGCUUAAGAAGAAAGUGAAAGAGCUAAGUGAUGCGCAGGCCAAAGCUGAGGAUGAAGCCAAGAAAUUCAAGAAACAAGUGGAAGAAGUGAAAGUACAACUUGAAAUUAGUGAGAAACAGACUUCAGAAGUGGUGGUUAAAAAACUGGAGACUCAGAGAUUACAGAGCACCAAAGAGGCAGAUGAUCUGAAGAAAGCAAUCGCUGAUGUAGAGAAAGAGAGAGAGAAACUAAAGAAGGAGGCGGAGGACCUGCAGAGGAAGUCCAAAGAGAUGGCCAACGUCCAAAAAGAGCAGGUGGAGCAGCAGAAAGCCCUCAUGCAACAGUCCUUCCUCCAGGACAAAGAAAUUUUACUGAAGAAAGACAAAGAAAUGGAGGAAGCUAAGAAGAAACUGGAGAAACAGCUAGAGGAUGAAAUUAAAAAGGCCAAAGCUCUCAAAGACGAACAAGAACGCCAGAGAAAGAUGAUGGAGGAGGAGCAGAAAAAACUACAGGCUGUUUUAGAUGCAGCCCUCAAAAAGCAAAAAGAGGCUGAGGCGGAGAUGAACAAUAAACAGAAAGAAAUGCAAGUUAUCGAUAAGAAGAGACUGGAGCAGGAGAAACUUCUGGAAGCAGAAAACAAAAAGCUCAGAGAAAGACUUCAAAGCUUGGAAGGUGCUGCUGCUGCUGCAAAACCAACCACAACUGUGACUAAAGAGAUUGAAGUUCAGACCGAUAAAGUACAGGGAGAGCAGCAGCAACUUGUAACCAUGACAACAGUCACAACAACCAAGAAAGUGUUCAAUGGUUCAGUUGAAGUGGAUGGAGAGAAGAAAGAUAAAGAAUCUCCUCUUGCUUUUGAUGGUAUAAGAGAGAAGGUACCUGCUGAGAGAUUGCACGAGAUUGGUGUCCUAAGCAAAAAGGAGUUUGACAAGUUGAAAAAGGGCAAAGCGACCGUGCAAGAUCUUUCCAACACAGAUAAAGUAAAGACUUGUCUCAAAGGCCAGGGGAUAAUUGGUGGUCUCGUAACUCCAGAUAAAGAGAAGAUUAGUGUUUACCAAGCCAUGACGGAAAACAAGAUUGAACCCGAUACAGCUACAAUGCUACUUGAAGCUCAAGCCGCCACUGGGUUCAUGGUUGACCCGGCAAAAAAUAGACUUCUAACGGUGGAUGAGGCUGUAAAAGAAGAGGUGAUUGGUCCUGAACUGCAUGACAAGAUGUUGUCAGCAGAAAGAGCUGCAACUGGAUUUAGGGAUCCUUUCACCGGAGCCAAAAUCUCACUGUAUGAAGCUAUGAAGAAGGGGUUAAUUGAAAAAGAGCCAGCAACAAAAUAUCUAGAUGUUCAACUUGCAACUGGCGGUAUCAUCGACCCAGUUAACAGUCAUAGAGUGCCACUACAGAUAGCAUACAAGCAAGGACAAUUUGAUCCAGAUUUAAACAAGAAACUCACUGAUCCUAGUGACGAUUGCAAGCUGUUCAUUGACCCAAGCACACAAGAACAGCUAACUUACAAACAACUGCUUGAAAGAUGUUCAAAGGAUGCAGAAACUGGUUUGUUGAUUUUGCCAGUAACGGAGAAAGCAGCUCAAACUGAUGGGACAUUCACAGAUGCAGAGACAAAAGAGAUGCUUAGUAAAUCAAAAUUGGAUGUGCCUUUUGGAAGAUUCAAGGGCAAAAAUGUUACCAUCUGGGAAAUUAUCAAUUCAGAAUAUUUUACUGAAGACCAAAGAAAAGAUCUAAUUCGCCAAUACAAAACUGGCAAGAUCACUGUUGAGAAAAUUAUCAAAAUUGUCAUCACUGUUGUUGAGGAUAAGGAGAAAAAUAAAGAUAAUGUCUUCAAUGGCUUGAGAUCUGCAGUUUCUGCCAAUGAGCUACUUGAGUCCAAAGUUAUCAAUAAAGACCUAUUCAAUAAACUUAGCAAUGGCAAAGUUACUGUUAAGGAGAUUGCCGACAUGGAUCAAGUGAAGAAGGCAUUGCAAGGGACACCAAGUAUCGCUGGAUUGCUGAACGAACCAACAAAAGAGAAAAUGCCAUUCUAUCAAGCCAUGAAGAAAGAUUUACUAUCCCCAGAAACUGCUUUGAACUUCCUGGAAGCGCAAGCUGCUACUGGAUUUAUCAUUGACCCAGUUAAAAACGAAAGGGUUCCAGUAGAUGAGGCAGUUAAGUCUGGGCUAGUUGGACCAGAGUUGCAUGAGCGACUACUUUCUGCUGAGAGGGCUGUUAGUGGCUACCAAGAUCCAUAUUCUGGUAAAAAGAUAUCACUGUUUGAAGCCAUGAAAAAGGGUCUUGUGAAGAAAGAUCAGGGCAUUCGUCUACUGGAAGCACAAUUUGCAACAGGAGGAAUUGUCGACCCAGUAAAAAGCUAUCGUAUCCCUCACGACCUUGCAUUCAAGCGUGGAUACCUUGAUGAAGAAACAAGCAAGAGUCUUAACAAGGAAAGUGAAGAAACAAAAGUCUAUUGCGAUCCUAAUACACAAGAAGAUGCUACCUAUCAACAACUUAUUAGCAAAUGCAUCACAGACAAAGAGACAGGACUGCCCUUGCUUGCAUUGUCAAAGAAGGCACCAAAACCGAAGGAAGAAAAACAGCUAACGGAAGCUAAGGCUAAAGAAGCUAUGCAGAAAACAAUGGAGCUUGACUAUGGGCCAUUCAAAGGUAGAAAAGUUACAAUUUGGGAGAUAAUACAUUCUGAGUACAUAACAGAAGAGCAAAGGAUUGAGUUGAUCAGACAAUAUCGAACAGGGCAUGUCACAAUUGAAAAGUUCAUCAAGAUUGUUAUUACGAUGGUGGAUGAGAGAGAAGACAAGAAGAAAGAAGAAGCUCCAUUUGAAGGCCUUCGGGCCCCAGUUUCUGCCAAUUCCCUGCUAGAUUCAAACGUCAUUGACAAAGCUACAUUUGACAAGCUCCAACAAGGUAAAAUCACACCUAAACAAGUUGGCGAGAGUGAUGCAGUUAAGAAAUAUCUGAAAGGAACAGACCUAAUUGAUGGUGUUGUCAUGGGAGAUGAAAAGAUGAGUAUUUAUCAGGCACUGAAAAAGAACAUUUUACAGCCAAAGACAGCUAUGGCACUAUUGGAAGCACAAGCUGGUACUGGUUUUAUAAGUGAUCCAGUGAAAAAUCAGAAACACACAGUGGACGAAGCUGUUAAGGCUGGAGUUGUUGGACCAGAACUUCAUGAAAAGCUGCUAUUGGCUGAAAAAGCAGUGACUGGAUAUAAAGAUCCAUACACAGGCAACAAAAUCUCCCUCCUCCAAGCUAUGAAGAAGGAGCUUGUUUUGAGAGAACAUGCAAUUCCCAUUCUGGAAGCUCAGUUUUCCACAGGCGGUGUUAUUGAUCCAAUUAGCAGUCAUCGUGUCCCUAAUGAAGUGGCGAUCAAGCGUGGAUAUUUGAGCAAGCAAAUGGUCAAAUCAUUCAACGAACCUUCGGGAGAUGUUAAAUGCUUCACUAACCCAGAAACAAAUGAAGAUGUUACCUACAAGCAAUUGUUGGAAAAAUGCACAAGAGAUCCUACUUCUGGUUUGUGCUAUUUGCCAGUGUCCAGAGUAGAAGCUGCACCUGUUGAAAAAUCCUACCAGGUUACCGAAGAACAAGCACAAACUGAUUUGGCCAAUACACAAAUUGAUAUUCCAGGAAAAGGUGCAACAGGGAAAACUAUGACCAUUUGGGAAGUCAUGAAUUCAAAUAUGCUUCCAGAUAACGAAAAACAAAGGCUUCUGGAGCAGUAUCGCCGAGGCCUAAUUACAAAAGAACGAAUGCUUAUCAUCAUCAUUGAAAUUAUUGAGCAAAGAGAGGAUUUGAAGAUUGAACAAGGCAUGUCCUGUGACGUUAUCAGAAGACGAAUUACCAUAGAGGAGCUUUACAAUGCCAGAAUCAUUGACUUGAAUACAUACAACCUUCUGAAGCAAGAAAAAAUUACAAUUAGAGAAGUUAUGGAAAAACCCACAGUUAAACAGUACCUCUUUGGCACAGGUUGUAUUGCCGGAAUUAUGUCAGACAUGCCCAAGAGAAUCAGCAUCUAUCAAGCAAUGAAAAAUGGCCAGAUGAAACCAGAAGUUGCUUUGAAUCUACUUGAAGCUCAGGCAGCAACUGGAUUCAUUAUAGAUCCAAUCAAAGAUGAAUUGCUAACAGUUGACGAAGCGGUACGAAAAGGUUUAGUUGGUCCUGAACUGCAUGACAAGCUCCUAUCAGCUGAAAGAGCAGUCACUGGCUACAAAGACCCAUACAGUGGCAAAGUUAUUUCAAUUUUCCAAGCAAUGAAAAAAGGCCUUAUUCUAGAAGACUAUGCGCUGAGGCUGUUAGAAGCUCAAAAUGCAACAGGCGGAUUGGUGGAUCCAGAAUACUACUUCCGCCUGCCCAAUGAUGUGGCAAUGCAACGUGGUUACAUCAAUAAAGAGACAUUGGACAGAAUAUCAGAACCUAGUUGUGAAAUUAAAGGCUUCAUUGAUCCAACUACUGAUGAAAAACAAUCUUACGCUCAAUUGCUUAAGAGAAGUAGAAUUGAUAAAGAAACUGGCAUGCGUUUGCUGUCACUGGCUGAUCGUGCUUUGCUUUUCAAGGGGCUCAGAAAGCAAAUUACAAUUGAAGAGUUGCUGCGUUCACAAAUCAUUGACCAAAAGACAUACAAUGAACUUUUAGAAGGAACUGUCACUGUUGAGGAAGUUAGUAGAGAGCUCAAAAAGUAUCUUGAAGGGACAAGUUGCAUUGCUGGUGUUUAUGUUGAAUCAACCAAAGAUCGUCUAUCCAUUUACCAAGCCAUGAAGAAGACUAUGAUUCGACCUGGUACUGCCUUUGAGCUCCUAGAGGCCCAAGCUGCAACUGGGUAUGUGAUAGACCCAAUCAAAAAUCUUAAACUUACCGUCAACGAAGCUGUCAAAAUGGGAGUGGUAGGACCAGAAUUCAAAGACAAACUACUAUCAGCUGAACGUGCAGUAACUGGCUACAGAGACCCCUACUCCGGUAAAGUCAUCUCUCUUUUUCAAGCCAUGAAAAAGGGGUUGAUUCUAAAAGAUCAUGGUAUUCGUUUGCUAGAAGCUCAAAUAGCAACUGGAGGUAUUAUUGACCCACAAGAAAGUCAUCGUCUGCCUGUUGAAGCGGCUUAUGAACGUGGAUUGUUUGACGAAGAAAUGAAUCAAAUCCUUACUGAUCCAUCAGAUGAUACAAAAGGCUUUUUUGACCCCAACACAGAGGAAAAUCUCACUUAUCUUCAGCUCAUGGAGAGGUGCAUGACAGACCCCGAAACUGGCUUGGCGCUCUUGUUGCUCAAAGAAAAGAAACGUGAAAGGAAGACAUCAUCAAAGUCUUCUGUUCGUAAGAGACGAGUUGUCAUUGUAGAUCCAGAGACAGGUAAGGAGAUGUCUGUCUAUGAAGCCUAUCAAAAGGGGUUAAUUGACCACCAAACUUACAUUGAACUGGCUGAACAAGAGUGCGAAUGGGAGGAGAUAACCAUAACCUCUUCAGAUGGAGUCAUUAAGUCAAUGAUUAUAGAUAGGCGAUCAGGAAGACAAUAUGAUAUUGAUGAUGCCAUUUCAAGAGGUCUUAUUGAUAAAUCAGCACUGGAUCAAUACAGAGGUGGUACCCUGUCUAUUACCGAAUUCGCAGACAUGCUUUCUGGAAACAUGAGCGGAAAUAGAUCACGUUCGUCCUCAUUUGGAUCUUCCUCUUCUUACAAUAUGAGUCCAAUACCAUCAAUAAAAACACCGGCUACUACAUGGAAUGACCCUACUGAGGAGACUGGACCAGUGGCAGGCAUCUUAGACACAGAGACGCUGGAGAAGGUAUCUGUAACUGAGGCGAUACAUAGAAAUCUAGUGGACAAUAUUACUGGACAAAGAUUGCUAGAGGCUCAAGCUUGCACAGGUGGCAUCAUUGACCCAAAUACAGGCGAGAAGUUUUCAGUCACAGAUGCAGUGAACAAAGGACUAGUGGAUAAAAUAAUGGUUGACCGCAUCACUCUUGCCCAAAAGGCCUACAAUGGUUUCGAAGACCCAAGAACAAAAAGCCAAAUGUCUGCUGCCCAAGCCUUAAAGAAGGGAUGGCUGUAUUACGAAGCAGGUCAGAGGUUCCUUGAAGUCCAGUAUUUGACAGGUGGAUUAAUCGAACCAGAUGUCACUGGUAGAGUCUCUGUUGAUGAGGCCGUGAAGAAAGGAACCUUGGAUGCACGCACGGCACAGAAACUCAGAGAUGUAAGUGCUUAUUCAAAAUACCUCACCUGCCCCAAAACGAAACUGAAGAUCUCCUACAAAGACGCUAUGGAAAGGAGCAUGAUUGAGGAGGGGACUGGCCUGAGGUUGCUCGAAGCCUCUUCUCAGUCAAGUAAAGGCCUGUACAGUCCCUACAGCAUCAGCGGCUCUGGGUCAGCCACCGGGUCCAGAUCUGGGUCCAGGACUGGAUCUAGGUCAGGGUCUCGACGAGGAAGCUUCGAUGCCACAGGGUCUGGCUUCAGUAGCACUUUCUCCUCCGCUCCCUACGGAACAUCCUCCUACAGCUCCUCUGCCUAUGGCUCAUCCACAUCUUAUGGCUCCCCAAGCUACACCCGCCGCUACUGACGACUGUCACCAGAUGCCUAAAACAGUGGAAUAAAGACAACCUUUAUUCUGCUCUGCAUGUAGUUGUUACAAAGAUUUAGAUUUAUUUUAUACGCUGAAUUAUUUUUGGUAGAUGUAUAUUCUUUAUUUACUUGUGCUUUCUUAUCAGAGAUGAUUUCAUUUAGCAGAUGGCAUACAAAGAACUGGCUUAAAUAUGGAACUGUUAAGAGUUAUUGUUCAUAUGACUGGAAUUAGUUUUAUUUUGAUACUUUUUGAAAAAGUGCCCAUCUAUGAACAAAAUCUGGUUGUACAAAAUCUGUAUAUAUUUGUGAAAUUAGACAAUUAUUAUUAUAAAGAAAGAUUUAUUAGCUACUCUGCAGAGCAGAAUUUAGUCCCCAUGAAAAAUCACAUAACUUUAUUUUGAAAUGCUGAAUUCACUGCUGACCAUUAAACUCUCAACUCUGGAUUAUACUGCAGCAAAAAAUUCAAAACAAAUUCAAACAGCUCCUGGAUCCAAAACUCCAAAAAAGUUCAGGCACUGACCGACAUUUCAAAAGUGUCUUUUCCUCUGCUUCCUGCUCAGAUGUCUUCCUGCAAUUCUUGGCAUUUAUUUUAACCAAACCACUGUAAACAGAUAUUUUAUAUGAAUUUUAUUGAAAAGCAUGUGCUAAAGUAAUAUUUGAAUCUAUUGUUUUUACAAUGGACCAUUCUAACACUAGCAAUUAAAAGACCUUAACCGAGCUUCUGUAAGUGCCUGCAAAUACUCCGUAUCACUUUAAAGCAGUGUAGUAGCUUAACUUGAUGGUGCAGUGGUCCUACUGUAAACUGACUGAUGCAUGACUGAACGAGCAGCUUCCUAAUGUUUUCAGGUUAAAAACAUUUGUACUGUCGCUAUCACAAUCCGUACACAGGGCUAAAACCAAUGAAUGUUUGUAUCUAACUGUGUCCAAUUUUAGUGGGACUUCUCAUAGACAAGUAUUGUACUGUAUAUUAAAGAUACUUAGAGCACUAAUGCUGAAAGCCAUUCAUUAACAUUGUUUUGGAAA